CCCAUUUGACUCAUAAAUCGGGUUUUGCAGUGGCUCGAAGGGAGGAAGUUGGGGUCUCUUCGAUCUCUGAGACGGAAUCUGAUGUAUAAUUGCGCAUUUUGGUGUUAAUUGUAGGAAUUUUAUGUUUUUGAUAUAUUAGGUUUGGAUGAGCUAGGGUUAAGAUCGAUUUCUGAUUGAUAAUUAGGUUUUUGGGACUUCACGGGUAGGAUUUAGGGUUUUCUUCUUAGGAUUUAGGAUUUUUUGACAGCAAUGGCGGAGGAUACUCAGCGUCUAAAGAAGAAUGCUGCUUCCGCUUAUGAUUAUGAUAAUGAUCCCAGAUGGGCGGAUUACUGGUCCAAUAUCCUGAUCCCACCUAACAUGGCUUCUCGCUCGGACGUGAUAAAGCAUUUCAAGCAAAAGUUUUAUCAGAGAUACCUUGAUCCUGAUCUUGAAGUGGAGCCAAUGUGUUCAACCGGUUCUUCACAGUCAACAAGGUCAUCAACUUCAACCACAUCAAUGCCUGCAAAUGAACCAGCUAGGCACCGGACCUCUGGGCCUAGUUCAGGGUCAAGCUCUGGAGCAUCUUCACAAACAAAUGCACCUACUGGUUCACUACGGGUGGAUCGACAAUCCGUUCAAUUUUCCAUCAAUGUCUGGGUUCUUGUUGUGGCACUACUCGCAAUCCUUCCAGUUCUAUCCAGAAACCUCUCAAAUAAAGCAUAUCGAGUGUCCUUUUUGGGAACUGCAGUUGCUUGCGCAUAUUCUUUGUACACUCAAUAUGGGAAACCAAGAGCAUGGAAUCUGCAGGCCAUUCAAAUUUGGUUCCAAUCCAUGAUUUCUUGCAAGGAUUUUAUCUACCUUCUCUACUCCCUCAUCUUUGUUUCAUCUCAAACACACGUCAAAUUUGCCAUGAUACCUCUUAUUUGCCGGUCACUUGAGCAUGUUGCAAAGUUCUUACGGCGGAACUUCAGUCGUGCCACCUUCUAUAGGAGAUACUUGGAUGAUGUUUGUUUGUGGGUCGAGACGAAUACUACCACCCUCAAUAUCCUAAGUUCAAAUGCUGAGAUUGGACUUGGCUUCUUGUUAAUCUUUGCUCUUUUCUCUUGGCAACGCAACAUCUUACAUACCUUCAUGUACUGGCAGAUACUAAAGUUCAUGUACCAUGCCCCAGUAACCGCAGGCUAUCAUCAGAGUGCUUGGGCCAAGAUAAGUCGAACAGUGAACCCAUACAUCAACCUCUAUGCUCCAUUCCUGAACACCCCAAUAUCAGUAGCCCAGAGAUGGUUCUUUAGGCAAUGAUAGACUUCCAUUUUAAGUCCCCUAGACAUUUGUAAUGCUACAAGAAUAUCUCUUUCCAAAAAUAUAAAAGUCAAAAGGUAUAAAGAGCAGCUGCUACUCUUUCAUACUUUUGCCUUUCUUUUUUUCUGUG